AUGUUCGCCUCGGGACACUUGGACUCCCUACUGCCUGUCCCUAUUGACGGGAAGCUCGAGCUGGUGGGCGUGAAGCUGGGGACGAUCCGAGGACUUCAACAAACACCUUUGGGAAAGCCAACCACAGACAGUGAAAUGGCAGGCCUUGCGCACAGCAUUCUAUCAAUGGAGUUGCUUAAGUUCGACUAUGUCGCUGGUGGCACGGUCUUGGAAGCCUACGUCCGCACCAUGUGCCUUGAGGCCUUCGCGGAGAACUUCUCCCCACCUCUUGAGCACAUUCCUGGGCUAGAUUCGAGCAUCGUGGCAGUGGACCAGAUCCUUUCUCCUAAAGCCGGCAACCAACACACCACAGACGGAUUGUCUCGGUUCUUGUCAAAGUGGUUCAGAAAGGGGAAGGGCAUGGGCCUAAGUCCAGCCAGCAGUGGCGCCGGACGUUUCUUGACGCUAGGACCGGCAACUCGUCAAAAAUGGACCCUAGGUUGA